AUGACUAAGAUCAAACCCUUCGUGUCGACGACUAUUGAUUUGGAUACGGAGCUGAGCUAUGAGGAUCGGUUUCGUCUUCUGUCUCUAGCAGAAAAGAUUUCCCUUCUCUCGGGUGUUAGCUUUACCAGCACCGCAGGCGUGAAACGACUCGGUAUCCCGUCAUUGAAAGUCAGCGAUUCAAUAAACGGUGUUCGUGGCUCACAAUCGCAUCUGGAUGAUACCGGGACUGCCUGUUUUCCAAGCUCCACCUGUCUUGCUUCAACAUGGAACAUAAUUUUGAUGCGAGAAUUUGGCGAAGAAGUUGCUUUUCAAGCGAAACAAAAAUCAGUUCAAAUUGUUCUGGGCCCCAACAUUAAUCUCCAUCGAGACCCACGAGCCGGUCGCAACUUCGAAGCUUUUAGUGAGGACCCUCUACUCACCGGUUAUUUAGCUGCGGCUAUUGUCAACGGGAUUCAGUCACAGGGCGUGGGUGCUUGUGUGAAGCACUUCAUUGCAAAUGAGAGUGAAACUGUACGCAGGCGCUAUAACGUCGACGAAUCGGGACACAGCAGGACAAUGCGUGAAAUUUAUUUGCGAACUUUUCAACAUUUACUCCGCCACGCCAAUCCAGUUGGCAUUAUGACAGCGUACAAUGCCCUUGACGGCCAUUACUGCAGCCAGACUCCGCUCAUUAACAGCUUGCUUCGGCAAGACUGGAACUAUGACGGCUGCAUCAUGUCAGAUUGGUAUGGUACCAAAAGUACAACUGAAGCCUUGGUAUCUGGUCUCGACUUGGAGAUGCCAGGGCCAUCUGUCUUUCGAGGUGCGAAGCUAGUGGAUGCGAUCAACCGUCAAGAGAUACCAGAGUCAUCCGUCGACGCGGCGGUGCAGAAUGUUUUGAGAAUGAUUGAUCGCACCGUUGGAAGCCAUAGCGAAAAGGAAGAAAAGUCCCUUGUUUGUGAUCGCACCAGUGCCAUGGCACUGAAAGCCGCAUCUGAAGGCAUUGUCCUCUUGAAGAACGAUCAGAACGUUCUUCCUUUGAAAAUGACAGAAAACCCCAAGAUCGCGCUCAUCGGUGCAGCCGCCAUCAAGCCAUCAAUCACCGGCGGAGGCAGUGCGUGUGCCAAACCUCAAUACGUACACACCCCUCUUCAAUGCUUUCGAGAUGCCUGUGCAAGUCCUGAGCAGGUUUCUUUCGCAUACGGAGUCAAUCCUCACUAUGCCGUUCCUCUAAUGCCGAUUGAGAUGAUGCGAGCACGAGACAAUCUUCCUGGUGUGAAUAUUGACUAUUACCUUGAUGGAACUGAUAAGCCUGUGUAUUCCGAGCAAUCCGAACAGCCGCUAGUGGUGAUGCUUGGUCGACUGAAGCCAAAUUUGACCCAAAAUGGAUUCUACUUCGUCAUUGAGACCACAGUGACAGUGAACACCAGUGGAAAUCACAAGUUGGCCGUGCAAGCCACAGGCGAGUUCACGUUAUGUGUGGAUGACCUCGAGAUACUCCAAAAGCCUGCCCCAGUCAUGACGGUUGAAGAUUUCUUAUUCGAGCCCAAGAAAUUAGAAACCGUAGUCAACUUUCACAUGGAGGCACAUCGACCGUACAGAAUCACUUUAAGAACUCAUUCACGCGAUAUUGCAUCGGCACAUGGGGAGAUUUCGCCUCAUUCUGCAAAGUUGUGCUUCGAGGAAGAGUGUAAUGAUCGUGCCGCGAUUGCCGGGGCAACCGCUGUUGCAGCCCACUCAGAUGUCAGUGUCAUAAUUGCCGGUCGGACACACGAGCAUGAGUCUGAAGGGUUUGACUUGAAAAGCUUGAAACUCCCCGAAAGCCAAGUCCGCAUGAUCAAAGCCGUCGCCAGCGUGUCUGAGAAAACGGUUCUUGUCUUGCAUUGCGGCAAUCCCAUUAACGUGUCGGACUUUGUGGACGAUGUUGACGCGGUCAUUGCAGCUCACUUCCCGGGACAAGAAGGUGCGCAGGCCGUUGUGGACAUCAUCACUGGGAAGACAAACCCAAGUGGUAGAUUGGCUACUACAUGGCCCAUGCGUCUAGAUGAAGCUUCCGUUCCAUCGUUCGGAAACUUCCCUGCACAGGAUAUUGGCGACGGCCCGACGAUCCGGUAUCGCGAGGGUCUGCAAAUGGGCUAUAGAUCUCCCAAGACAGCAGCGUGUGUACGGUGGCCUUUUGGACAUGGCUUAUCUUACUCGUCGUUUGAGUACAACAACUUGAAAGUGAUUUCCCACGAAACCAUUGGCGAAAAGGCCUCCAACGAGACUUCCAAAGUGACCGUUACGAUCGCUGUUGAUGUCCAGAAUCUCAGCGAAGUUGCAGGCUACGAGGUUGUGCAAGUCUACAGCAACCCCCGGUGGACUGUAUGA